GCGGACUUCCAAUGGAUGCCCGUUCCCUCGACCAGACGAUUGCCGAAACCGCAUUGCAACGUGCUCAUGGCACAACUGCGGGAUUACUUGCACACUGCAGUACCGACUCCGUUGAUGGACGCCGGAGUAGAGGUUGUCGACCUUCACGCCUACAUUGCGAAGAUCGACCGCGAGUUCAAGACGCAACGGUACGACGACAUAGACGCACCAUUGCUAUAUGUACCCAUUCAGAUCGGAGAGACGACCUGCAGCGCUUUGAUCGAUUGUGGAGCAUCUCGCAACUACAUCAGCCAGGACUUCAUGGUGCGCGUCGGCCUUGGCCCACGCGUCCGAAGGAAGCCCCAGCCCACGCAAGUCACGUUGGCGGACGGUCACACGCACAAGUCAAUCGACCGGUGCAUUGAUGACGUCACAGUGUACUUUGCCCCUCACGCAAGUGAGGCGGUAUCCUUUGACAUUCUGGACACCAAAUUCGACAUGAUCUUGGGCAUGUCAUGGCUGCGAAGCAAGGAUCACCCGAUGAACUUCUAUAAUCGCACCGUUCACAUUCGUGAUCGGAACGGAAUACUAGUCCCAUCCACGGUGCCUCUUCCUCAUCCUUCAAUCAGCUGCCACGUGGUAUCCGCCGCAAGCAUGCGAGCUUCCAUCAUCAGAGACGACAUCAAGGAGAUGGGGGGGUGUUUUCUCCACGCCCUCCCGCCCCAUGACGCUUCAUCGACGGACUCAUCUUCGGAUCCACGCAUCACCGAACUUCUCGACGCCUACAGCGACGUGUUCGAAGGCCCGCACGGAGUAGUACCGGAUCGCCCCAUCCGCCACGAGAUCAUCCUCGAGGACGGGGCUGUACCUCCGCGCGGUUGCAUCUACCGAAUGAGCGAGGAAGAGUUAAGUGUGCUUCGAGCACAACUCGACGACCUUUUGGAGAAAGGUUGGAUUCGGCCUAGCUCAUCGCCAUACGGUGCUCUUGUUCUCUUCGUCCGGAAGAAGAACAAGGAUUUGCGGUUGUGCAUCGAUUAUCGCAAGCUCAACGCGCAGACGAUCAGAAACGUCAGCCCUCUCCCAUGCAUCGACGAUCUUCUCGAGCGACUGGGCGGCGCCAAGUUCUUCUCCAAGCUCGAUCUCAAGUCGGGAUAUCACAAACUCGAGAUUAGCAAGGAGGAUCGCUACAAGAUCGCGUUCAAGACUCGGUAUGGGCAUUUCGAAUGGCUGGUUAUGUCAUUUGGCCUUACGAAUGCCUCGGCCACUUUCCAAGCGGCUAUGACAACGGAGUUCCGACACAUGCUGGAUCGAUACAUACUUAUCUACCUCGACGACAUCCUGGUGUACAGUCGGAGUUUGGAGGAGCAUACGGAACACCUGCGCACCGUUUUGGAGCGGCUACGACAAGCCAAGUACAAAGCCAACCGCGGCAAGUGCAAAUUCGCGUGGCAGGAGCUGGAGUACUUGGGACAUUAUGUGACGCCGCAAGGCAUCCGUCCGCUUGCGGACAAGAUCGAGGCCCUACGAGUGCCAUUCAUGUUCGAUGACGACGCACGCCGGUCAUUCCAAGCACUUAAGACGGCUAUGCUCAUGGCACCCGUCCUUAGCAUCUAUGACCCCACCCUGUCAACGAGAGUGACUACGGACGCUUCCGGCUAUGGCAUUGGGGUAGUCUUGGAACAGCACGACGGCGACGACUGGCACCCUGUAGAGUAUUUCAGUCACAAAGUGUCUCCUAUCAACUCGCUUGAUGAUGCAAGGAAGAAGGAGCUACUCACGUUCGUCGUGGCUCUCAAGCGAUGGCGACACUUCCUCCUUGGGCGUCGUAGGUUCACAUGGGUUACGGACAACAAUCCAUUGACCUACUACAAGACGCAGGAUACGGUAAGCAGCACGAUCGGACGAUGGAUGCACUUCAUCGACCAGUUUGGCUUCACACCGAAACAUCUUCCCGGCCUCUCAAAUCGCGCAGCAGAUGCACUCUCGCGAAGACCUGAUCUUUGCGCUAUGACAUAUCAUGCCUUCGCAUUCGACGAGGAGCUUCAGCGACACUUCAUCCGGGCAUAUGAGUCUGAUCCGGACUUUGCCGCGCUAUAUGCACAGCUAUCUUCGGAUCACCCGCCGGCCAGUCACUAUCACAUUGUCGACGGGUACUUGCUCCUCCACUCGAGAGGCAAGGACUUAUUGUGUGUCCCACGAGACCGUCGUUUUCAGACUCGCCUUCUCGGGGAGUACCAUGACUCGCGACUCGCCGGCCAUUUCGGACUCAACCGCACCAUUGCACGGCUUCGACAACGAUUCCGAUGGCCUGACCUCAUUACCGAUGUCACUCGGUAUUGCGACUCUUGCGAAGGUUGCCAACGUAGCAAACCCCGCAACCGCAAUCCCUAUGCCGAGUUACACCCGAUGCCCAUCCCAUGGAACCCCGGUCUCUCCAUUGCCAUGGACGUCACUGGUCCGUUCCCUCGCGACCGGCUCGGACACGACGGCAUCCUCACGGUUGUGGACCGAUUGAGUAAGUACGCGCGUUUUCUUCCUUACAAGUACUACUCCACGGCUCCCGAGCUGGCUUGCCUCCUGCACACCGGUUGGAUUUGUGGCCACGGUGUACCAGAAGACAUAGUCAGUGACCGCGACACUCGCUUCAUGUCGGCAUUCAAGUUCGGCUCGGCAUCCACAGACAGACGGGCAGACGAAGCGGGCACAUCAAACCGCUCAAAUGAUGCUUCGUACGCUCAUCUGUCUGGACCAGAAAGAUUCGGUUGACCGCCUCCCCUCUCCGCGGAAGAGUUUGCACUGG